AUCUCCAACCUGCGCGAGAUUGAGCUGUUGAGCUAGAAGUUACCACACUGAAGACGGACUAUAGUUUGGAGCACUGGACAAGCCAAACAUUCCUUUAUAAUACGCACGGCGCAUCUCUCUCUUUUUGUAUAAGUCCCCUCCCCAUGUGAUUAACUCAUUUAGUGCUAGUAAAUUUGAAAAAAUUAACGCAAUCGACGAAGCCGAUGCUGGGGGAGGCAUCUGUAACUCGGGAGGGAGUGUGGCUGUGACAGUUCUGCUUCACCAGAAGGCGGGGAGAACGGUGUUGUGUUGAUGUUUCAGAUCCAUAGAGGCUUCCAUGUCUGCACCAAAUGUUUUGAGUGAAAGAUGAUCGAGAUGUCGGUUGAUAAAGAAACUGUCACAACUGGAAGUACGAAGGCAAACUCUACACCAACUCUGCAACUCCAGCAACUCUCAGAAUGCACCGGAAGCUACAACAAUGCCUCCACAAUGACAGAAGUCUCCCUGGCCAACUCUGGCAUCACUGAUGGUGCGUCCGCCAGUCCAACUGGGCUAGCCGGUGGAAUCCAAAAGAAGCAAACCAGCCCUGCUGACUCCCACAACCAGGCAGAAAAUGUUGGGGUCAGAGUGAACGAGAAGCCUCUCAACACCCAUAACGGUUUGCAGCAGCCCAAACAACAACAGCAACAACAACCACAGAAACUAUCAAAGCGUCGCAGCACAUCUACCACAGGCUUCAAGCAUCCACCAUCUGGUAAGAGACGAAGGCGUGCCAACUCCGAAAGCGACUCUGUCCUUCCCACAAAUUUCCUUCUGGGUGGCAACAUCUUCGACCCACUGAACCUCAACAGCCUGCUGGACGAGGAGGUGAACAGGGCGCUGAAUGCAGAGACCCCCAAAUCCUCCCCCCUGCCAGCCAAGAGCAGGGACCCUGUGGAGAUCCUCAUACCCAGAGACAUCACAGACCCGCUCAACCUCAACAGCGGGAUGACCAGCACCAGCUUCCUGGUGUCACCGUUCAAGAGACGGAGACACCGGCACAGGCACCACGGAGGAGGAGGAGGGGGAGUGGGAGGAGGGGGAGUGGGAGGAGGGGGAGUGGGAGGGGGAGGGGGGGGCUCGGCUGGGCCCGGGAGCACAUCAGCCCCCCAUCUGGAUGCGUCCGACUCGGAGAGAGCUAGUGACGUUAACACCGGUACUUCCUCGCUGCCCUCGAGUAGCUCCGCCCCUGCCUCAGAAGUUGCCCUCAAAGGAAGCAGCGCGCUGUCCAGUGUCCCAGGGUCCUCCCUUUGCGACGAUGAGCCCAAACCCUCCAUCUGCAAGGAGGAGGCGGUGCUCCCCGUGUCGAACCACCCGUCCCAGCCUCGCGGACCCGAGGAGCCCUGCACCGUGACAGGUGGCCCGAACCAGCACACGAGCCGCCCGCGCAAGCGCAGGCGCAAUUCCGGCAAAACCGAGCCCCCUUUUGCACAGUCCACUCCGGUGGGCAAGCCUUCCACCGAGGAUAGGAGCAGAGGUGCUGCCACAGGAAGGAGUAUUCAGACCUUCCACACCCCAGUGACGGGUUCCAAACCUGGGCCGGGAGGCCGGCACCAGCGGAAACAGCAGCAGCAUCCGCAGCAACAAAGGAUGAAGUUCCAGUAUGGGAACUACAGCCAGUACUAUGGCUACCGCAACCCGGGCUUCAGCGAGGACCCGAGGUUCCGAGUGCUGCGUCCAGAGUGGUUUCAGGGAAAGGAGGUGCUGGACCUGGGCUGCAACACCGGGCAGCUGACUCUGUGUAUCGCUAAGAAGCUCCGUCCAGCCCGCAUCCUAGGCCUGGACAUUGACGGGGCGCUGGUGCACGCCGCCCGCCAGAACAUCAGACACUACCUGUCAGAGAUGAAGGCCCAGGAGGCGCGGCACGCUGCGGGGGCGGAGCGGCCUGCGGGACAGGAAGGGGAGGGAGAGAGCAAGGAGCAGGAAGAGGAGAACCGAACCGGAAGAGGGAUCCAGAGAGACCUACAAAAUAGGGACAAACUGAAUCCGGGAGAAGCUACAGCUGAGAAUGGAGAUGCCGUGGGAAGGGUGGAGAGAGAAAGCGUCUCGACUGAACCCGCCGAUCAGGGCGAGCCCUGCCCUGCCCCCGACGGAGGACGGGAGGAGAGGAGAGCAGGGAGGGCGGAGCAUGGAGACUCGGAUGGAGCUCCCGUGGAUCCUCUGGGGAAGCGCUCCUUCCCUGUGUCCCUCCGGAUCUCCAGAGGACCCAUAGCAGCACCUCCACUGCCAGAAAACCCCCCCAUGCCUCCCGGGGACUUCCCUGCAAACGUCUCCUUUGUCAAGGCUAACUAUGUCUUGGAGAGCGACGCGCUGCUGGAGACCCAGCGGCCGGAGUAUGACAUCAUCCUGUGCCUAAGCGUCACCAAGUGGGUUCACCUGAACUGGGGAGACAGCGGUCUCAAACGACUCUUCCACCGAGUCUACAGACACCUGCGCCCAGGAGGCAGGUUCAUACUGGAGCCUCAGCCUUGGGACACCUACGGCAAGAGAAAGAAGCUCUCGGAUAGCAUUUUUCGGAAUUACCACGGCAUCUGCCUGAGACCAGACCAGUUCUCAACGUACUUGAUUAGUGAAGUGGGAUUCUCAAGCUAUGAGCUAAUUGGGACACCCAAGAGUUCCUCAAAAGGUUUUGAGAGGCCAAUUUACUUGUUUUAUAAAUGACCGGUUGGUCUGGAAGGUAACCCUUGGAGUACCUUUGUACUCCAGAACAAGCCAAGCCGCCUGCCUUCAUUAUCCAUCUGCAAGCAUGUCUUGGAACACUAGACAGUUUUAAACCUUGAGCUUCUUAAAAUGUGUGUCUGGUGAACAUUGAUACAUUUGAGACAUAUCUCAAGACCUCAACAGAGGCCAUGACAGAUGACGACCAUGAAGUGGACAACCUGGAGGACGGGAAACUCAAUUAGGACCCAACUCUUUCUGUGACAAACACAGGCAUUGUGUUCUAGGUCCUCAACUACUGUUUGGACUGUUGUUCAGUCAAAGACUUUUCUUCACUGUGUUUUAACCGAAUUUGGAUGGUUGUCAAUGUAUCAAGGCUUGGCUUUGAAUCUUUUGAAGGGAACCAAAAACCCAAUGUGAUUAACCCACAGUCAUAGAAGACCAGCGUGUUUAGACCCACAUGUCUGCGUAGAGUUCCUCUUUGGCUUAACUGACUACGAAACCUGCCCUAAAUCAUUUGUUUCAAUGUGACCUUAGGCCCUGUUAGGUUUUCCAAUGUCUUAACCACACGUGGCUCCCCCCCUGCUUCUCUCUGUCUCUUGCUUCGCGGUAGAUUCAAGUACACUUUCCAGGAGGCUCUAGGCUCUGAGGUUGGAGGGGAGGGAAGGGAUUCUCUUUAAGGUUGUGUCAUGUGACUGGCCUUUUAUAUAUAUAUUCUUUGACUUUUGUUAAUGUUCAGAUGACAAUGUUUUUGUUACUAUUUUUCUUAGUGUGAGAUGUUGUUUUGAAAUUUGAUGCCAACUAAUACAGAGCAACAAGUGGUUUUGACUUGGAUUGAACUUCACUUCAUCCAGCUUCGCUCUACCCCAUAAAUCAGUCCAUGAUUUCUUUGUACACUUUUUUUGUACACUUUAUUUUCGUGUUUGUUUGAUUUUCCUGUGACAAGCAGAAGAGCAGCAAUGCUGGGACUCUAGGUCUAAUUUUCUCAAUGUCUUUUCAAAAAUAAAUACAUAUUCUGUUAUUCUGACUGUGGUCAUUACAUGAAGGACCAAUCAGCCUCCUCACAACUUCCUUGGCAAAGACAAUCUGAUUGAAUUCAAAUUCAAACCAACCCAGACAAACAAGAUAUGGCCAUGCCUGGAUUAUUUAGUUCAGUGUUGGCCAAUUAGGGAAAUUAAUGUAACAGUGUUUUUGGGGGCUAUCAGAUCGACCAAAGUGAAUAUUUUAAACAUGUAAUGCAGCAUUUUUGCCAUCAAUACAUGUUGCAAAGCAUGUAUUGUCAAAAGUCUUGCCAUAUCUUGGAAUGAACGGUGGACAUGACAAGUUCAGCAUUAACUUAAAAGUGCUUUGUAGACUUCAUGUUAGAUGUUGCAAUAGCACUGAAGAGAGAACUAAGAGAUUGAAUAUUUGUCCGUAUUUGUUCAUAUCCCUGUGAUAUUGUAGUUAGAGAUUUUUUUUACAUACUUUAAACAAUUGAUCAAAAUGUUUUAACAUUUAAAUAAAUGUAAAUCAAUUACAUGUAAAUGUGACACUUUGUUUCCCCAAUUUUGUAUGUAGCGAAAUCUAAAUUUAGCCUCCUGACAUGGACAUCGUUUUAGAAACUACAAGAGUCUUUCAUGUUACGUUAAAAGCCCCCAAUUUUUAUUAGUAGACUUGGCAUUUAGCCAUCAGUAAAGAAGAUGAUAGACUAACGUCUCCUUCUGCCUCCUCUCCUCCUACGCCUCGUCGCCCUGGGUCUGCGCCUUCUGCGGACGGGGCGGGAGGAACGUCUUGAACGUCGUCUUCU